AUGGGCAGCUCUACUCACGGGACGAGUGACCUUGCUAAUGGUGACACCGUAGACAAGUUCUUUGUCAAACACCUGUCCCUCGAUGUGGAGGAUGCAGUGAUGCUUCACCACCGCUACUACAAGGAAUACGGCCUGGCAAUCGAAGGGCUGACUCGAUUUCACAAGAUCGACCCGCUCAUGUUCAAUCGGGAAGUCGACGAUGCCCUGCCACUAGACGACAUCCUGAAGCCCAACAUGAAGCUCCGGACGUUGCUGGAGGACUUUGACAAAACCAAAGUAAAGCUCUGGUUGCUGACGAAUGCAUACGUCACUCAUGGGAAGAGAGUAGUCAAACUUCUGGGCGUGGAUGAUUUAUUUGAGGGUAUCACCUACUGUGACUAUGGUGCAGAAAAGCUUGUCUGCAAGCCAGAUCGGGAGAUGUACCUGAAGGCAGAGAGGGAGGCGGGAGCCGCUUCGCCAGAACAGUGCUAUUUCGUUGACGACUCGCACCUUAACUGUCGUCAUGCCCAGGCUCACAAUUGGACGACAAUUCACUUUGUCGAGCCGACCCUACCAGCGCCAGAAACCCGGGCGUCCAAGUAUCAGAUCGCCGAUCUUGAGGAGAUUCGGACCCUGUUUCCGCAGUUCUUCAAGGCGACGAACUAG